UUACACGCAAUCAAGCAGCUUCGAUGUGGCUUCACUCUAUACGACUCUACAAUUGGACCAAUCAUUGGUGGUGCUGGCCGAGUUCCGACUACUUAUCGUCGCAAACAUAGCAGUCAAGUCAACGCGGUUCUGGUAGGCAAUGUUACCUUAUCAGUUGAGGACUUAUGGUCACUUGAUGCGUUAGGAAUUACAUUGAAUGAUGGAUCUGUAACUGACGAUCAGCAUGCUAUGAACCAAUUUGAUUCCUCAAUUCAACGACUGCCUAACGGCCGCUAUAGCGUUUUUUGGCCAUGGAAAACCACACAACCCGACCUCUCCAUAAAUUUUGGUCUAUGUGUCGGAAGACUUCAAUCCUUACUACGAACGCUAUCUGCGAACCCCGAACAAAGAAUCAACUACCAAAAACUUAUUCAACAACAACUCGAUUCAUCAAUCAUAGAACGAGCUCCACUCCAACCAUCAGUACCCCAGAUUCAUUACAUUCCUCAUCAAGCAGUAUGGAAUGAACAAAAACGCAAAUUACGUAUCGUAUACGACGCAAGUUCAAGCGACUAUCUCCGACCACGAGCACAGUUAGCCCUCAGUAUGAAAGAAAAUGCUGAAAUGGAAGCUGAAUUUAACCCACACCCUCCAUCUACACGUCAGCAGUUCCUAGACGAAUGGCGAAAAUCAGAAGAGUAUCGGAACAAGUUCUGGAUAAUCUGGUCACGAGAAUAUCUCCAACUUCUUCGAGAGCGUGAACAACAGCUCCAUAAAGGACCAUACGCCCAAGAACGUCGCACUCCUAGAAUAGGAGAAGUUGUUCUACUGAACGAGCAAAACCGUCCUCGUUGCAUGUGGCGACUAGCUCGAAUCGUCGAAACGCCAGAAGGUUCGGGACAUGCGAUUCGGACAGCUCGAAUCAAAUUAGCAACCGGACGAACCCUAGUCCGUUCUAUCGCACAUCUAUAUCCGCUCGAAGUGACCCUUACGGACACUAUCGCGAACAACUCCACGCCGACUUCCAAAAAAACUCAAUUUGUAACUAGCUUACCAGAUCCGAACAUACAACAAUCAGAUGAUGAAGAUGAAGAACCAGAUAAUCACAGUGCAAUUACCUCGGAACCA